AUGCAAAAUGCUGCGGAAAAACUCCAGCAGCAAGUGCUCGGCUUCGAUGAUGGGGCUUCCUUAUCGAAACCAACACCAACGCCAACACCAAGUGCCGCCAAACCAAAGAAUGGAAGAAGGGGAAGCAAACCCAAGAUCGACACCAAAGCAUCAUCACCACCACCACCACAACUACCGCCAAUAUACUCAGACCUGCCAGAAGUCGUCACAGACCAACAUCCAGAAGUCGUAAAGAACGACUCGCCAGUAACAUUAUCACCAGGCGCAUCAUCAGUACCGUAUCCGCGCUUACCACGAGAUAUAACUUUCUACCGGAAGAAGCAGGACUUCCUGCUUGCGCCUUCCCCUCCCGCACCCUCACGAGGUGAUCGAAAGCCACUGCCCGCACCACCACACCUCUUCUACAUCACCGUCCAGCAAGACGAGUCCCCCUGGGAAUACACACGCAAGCCAGACAUCAUACUGCACACGAAUGCCUCGCAGAAAUCUCCCAUCCUCUCCUAUGUCGAGUUUCAUACUGCCACCAUGAAAGCCGACAUCACGCUGUGUCCGUACGGCAGCGACUCCACCCCUCCCUCGGACUCCAAAUCCAACAACUUCGCCUUUCCUGCACCACCCCCCAUACAAGCCGAGUCGAAUGGCGACCUGCCGAAAUUCAAGACUGAGCGCCUGUCUCCUAUGGGCGGCAUUUUCUCGCCCGAGAAAUACGCCUUCUGCCACACGCUGCCGAGAUCUUUCGUGCGCGAGCGCUUCGAGUGGCGGUAUUCCAGUGGGCCGUUUAUCAGAACGCAGGAUGGGAAUAAGGAGAGUGGGGGUUUGAAACUUAUUCGGGUUACGACGGGGGAGACGGUCGCGGUGUAUGCGGGGCUGGGGAAUGUGAGUAAUGAGGAGAGGUCGGUGGUUGGUAUGUUCCGGUUCUUGGCUGGGGAGAAUCUGGUCAAUCUAGGCGAGGAAUUUGAUAUCCUGGCCGUGAUGAGUAUUCUGACCGUGGUGGAGAAGCAAAGGAGGGCCGUCGUGGCCUCGAAGGCUGCGUUUGGGAUAAACUGA